GAACCGUAUCAUUCGGUCAGUUCACUUUUAUUCGUCUAAAUCGUCUUCGCGAACCACAAGAUCCCAUCCACAAUGGCUUCCAAGAUGAUUGCUUUGUUCGCCACAUUGGCCUGCGCCAGCGCUGGAUACAUCGAAGCCGAUCAUGGCCAUUACUCGUCGGCUCCAGCUGUGAGCUACAGCUCGGUAACUCAUCAUACCGCCCCGAAGCUGGCUGUGGCCAAAACUGUGGCCUAUGCCGAGCCGGCUGUGCACUAUGCAGCCCCUCUGACCAAGACCUACGCCGUCCACGAGCCAUCAUUGCUGAAGACCGUGGUCGCUCAGCCUGCUUACACCAAAACCAUCCUGUCCGAACCAGUCAUCAGCCACGCUGCCCCGCUCGCUUACAGCCAGCCAGCUUACACCAAGACCAUUGUUUCCCAGCCAGCCUACACCAAGACCAUCGUUGCCGAACCAGCUUACACCAAGACCAUCGUCGCUCAGCCAACCUACGCCAAGACCGUUGUCUCGGAGCCUGUCUAUACCCAUGCCGCUAAGACCUUGAGCUAUGCCCCAGCUGGUCAUGUUUCGCACGUCAGCUACGACGAUAGCAGCGCUCACUACGGUUGGUAAAUCGCUGGGUUCAGUGAGGAACCCUAAAAUUCAACGACGAGUCAUGUUCAUCGAUUUCACGCCAUGCUCAUCGAAAACAGAAAAGAAAACGAAAGAGUUAUCUAUACUAACGCAACCACUGCCGAAUAUGUUGAACGAUUCUGUUAAAUGUAUUUAUUGAAUGAAAUGACAAGUGUUCUUUUU